CUGGAGUGUAUAGCGGUGGUGUGAUAGAAGAGAGAAAUGGACUCCACAGACAAAAAGGUCCAAGUGGCUUCCCGUUUGCCAGUGCCUCCGAAGAGAAAAUAUGUCUCUAAUGAUGAAAAUCAAGAGCAGAUGCAGAGGAAGCGUCUCAGAUCCUCCCUAGAGUCUGAACUUCCCGCAGUCCGCGUAGCAGCGAGCAUUGCUACCUCUAAACCCCGUGCAGCUCCUGUUGCUGCACUACCAAAGCCACAGGUGAUAGGUCGACAGUCAUUGGCAGUAAUGCGUCCAAAGAACAGUGGUCCAGGGAUCACCUCAACAUCAUUUUCUGGGAAGACUAAGGUGUCCUCAUCAGUUACUCAGCCAGCAGCCAUUGGCGCUGAAAAGAAGAAGCGUGCUGCUUGGGAUCUUAAGGGUCAGGUCAACGACAUGAGGGAUACAGUGUCCAACUACAAAGGAAAAAUGCAGAACCUUACAGGCGAAAAUGCACGUCUUCUGAAUAGCAAAGAAAAGCUGCAGCGGGAAGUGGAAGUGCUGGCAUCUGAGAACUCUAAACUAAGCCAAGAGAGAUGUACUCUGGAAUCCCAGCUUAGAGAAGUGCGGCAACAGGUAUCCACUUUUGAGCGUGAAGUGGCUCGGCUCACAGAGCUAUGCCAACGGCAGGAAAAGGAGCUUUCUUCACAUACAAACACUAUUGAGGAACUUCAAGGGGCCAAUGCAAUCCUUACUAAACAGCUGCUGGACAAAGAAGUAAAACUUGAUUGUGUUUCUGGAGAAAACACUAGUUUAAAACACACUGUAAACGAGCAAACAGAUGAGAUUGCUGCCUUAAAAGUGUGUCUUGCUGAGAAAGAUACUGAAGUGCACAGUCUUGAUACAGAGCGAAGACGGUUACAUAACUUGGUGCAGGAGCUUAAGGGCAACAUUCGUGUUUUUUGCCGAGUAAGACCAACGCUAACGCCAGAGCGAGAGUUGCCAGCAGGACACAUUUCAUUUCCCAGCAAUGAUGAGAAGGCGAUCGUUUUAUCCAAGAUGGAAGAGUCUCACAUAGGGCGAGAGAAAAAAGACGCAGUUAAAUAUGACUUCAACUUUGAUUGUGUCUUUCCUCCACCUUGCAGUCAAGAAUCUGUAUUUGAGGAAAUCUCUUUGCUGGUUCAGUCUGCACUAGAUGGUUACCCGGUAUGCAUAUUUGCAUAUGGCCAGACCGGAAGUGGCAAGACCUACACAAUGGAGGGGCCUGAAGAUGUUACUGAUGAUAGUAUGGGUAUGAUUCCCAGAGCCAUCCAUCAGAUAUUCAGCAGUGCAGAGGAGCUAAAGGCAAAAGGCUGGCAGUACACAUUCACUGCAAGUUUUUUGGAAAUAUAUAAUGAAACCAUAAGAGACUUGCUUAUAAAUCGCCCAGAUAAGAAGUUGGAAUAUGAGAUACGCAAGGUUAAUUCAGCAAACAUGCUACUAUACGUCACCAACCUACGAUAUGUGAAGGUCUCCUGUGUGGAAGAGGUGCAUGAGCUUCUCAAGAUCGCAAAGGCCAAUCGAUCUGUGGCGAAAACUGCUAUCAACGAUCGAUCAUCUAGAAGUCAUAGUGUCUUCCAGUUAAAAAUAGAAGGAGAAAACAAACAGAGAGACCUUAAGACUUCAUCUAUGAUUAGUUUGAUUGAUCUGGCUGGAAGUGAGCGCCUUGAUCGUUCUCUAUCAACUGGAGACCGACUAAAGGAAACACAGUGUAUUAAUACAUCCCUCUCUACCCUGGGGAUGGUCAUUACAUCGCUCUGUAACAAGGACUCCCAUAUUCCGUACAGAAACAGUAAGCUUACGUACCUGCUGCAGAACAGUCUGGGAGGAAAUGCAAAAGUGCUGAUGUUUGUAAAUAUAUCGCCACUUGAAGAAAAUUUUGCAGAAUCUCUGAAUUCAUUGAGAUUUGCCAGCAAGGUUAACGAAUGUGUUAUUGGCACAGCAAGAGCCAACAGGAAAUGAAAUGCUGGACAUCAUUUUAUACUAUACUUUUUGUGUAGAAAUAUUUUUAUUUAGAGACUUCUAUGAUAUAUGCAUGGAUGUAUAUACAUAUAUGUAAUGUAUACUGACAUAUAAAAGACCUUCCUAUUUUUUUAUAUAUGUAUAUACAUGUUAUACUGUAUAUAACGUACUAUCUGGAGAAUUGUCUCGCUUCUCUAGCCUUAAAGGAACAGUUCAGUGUGAAAAUAAAAACUGUACACUAACUAUAUUAAAAAUAUUUUUUUUAUUUUGCAUAGUUAGGCAUAAAUGUAAUGUAUAAAGGCUGGAGUGACUAGAUAGCCAGAAUCCAACUUCCUGCUUUUCAGCUCUAUAACUCUGAGUUAGUCAGCGACUUGAAGGGGGGCCACAUGGUACAUUUCUGUUCAGUGAGUUUGUAAUUGAUCCUCAGCAUUCAGCUCAGACUCAAACAAUAGAUAUGACCCAUGUGCGCCCCCCCCCCCCAGUCUCUGGUUACUGCCUGGUAACCAGUCAAUGUAAACCAAGAGAGCUGAAAAGCAGGAAGGUGAAUUCUGGCUAUUAUGUUACACAUCCAGUCACUCCAGCCUUUAUACAUUACAUUUUUGGCUAACUAACUAUAUUAGAAACACUUUUUAUAUUGCACGGCCUAUUUACCCAGUUUUUAUUUUUACACUGAACAAUUCCUUUAAAGUUGGUUAUCUGUACAUUUCUAUCAUAAAUUAUGUAUAUAUAUUUUGGUUUUUGUGUGUUUUAUACCCCCUUCCUAUUUGUGUGUAUAUACAUUUUUUUUUGUCAGUUUUUAAGAAAAAAAAGUUUUAUAUCUUUUAGUAAACCAGGCUGUGUAUCUCAA